GGAAACGGUUAUGAAGGGCUGUUGUUGCAACUCCUGACACCGUUGUUUAGCUUUUUGGUUUAGUUUGUCACCAGAGGGAAAUUAUUUCAGUGACACCUGUUUUAAUUUAACGCGGUAGGACUGACUGGCUCUCAUUUGUGUGGACUUACGAUAAAGAUGAAAUGUUCCCAUCAUCGGCUGAAAAUUCCGGGAAAUGCUGCAGUCAGCCAUUAUUUGGGUCGUUUGCAUCCUCCGAGUCCUUUGAGACCAGUGGCUCUGACAGAUAUGGUGCCUAUGAAUCUAUUGGACUUGGGACCUUGAGUGCUGAAGAUUCAGACAGCGUUUUUGAUAAUUCUAAUGGAGGAUACAGUGACACCUGUUCAUCCACUUGGGCUGCAGACAUGUUAGGCUUGGACAGACCUUUUGCCAUGUCUUCCCAGAGGUCCAGGUCCCCAUUCUCGGACAGUGGAAGAGAGAGUCAAUACUCCACAUCCAAUCUGUCUGAUUCCUCCAGCCUGUACUCGCCCUCACACUCAUGCCCAGCGCCUAUUGGCUCUCGGGGCAGAGACAUGCACCCAUACGGGCAGAGAAACUACCGGGGCAGAGGUGCUGUCGUACAUGAGGCCAAAGGACAAAGUGUUGGGUGCACUAGUGAAAACCCGUCUAUUUGGAUAGAGAGAUAUUGUUCAGCAUCACCUACUCUAGUGUUUCGAGGGACCAAGAGAAAGAUGAUGGAACCAGUGCCUCCUUGCACACUAGUCAAAAAAAAGAGGAUAGUCAGAACAGCUCCCAGUAGAAGCAACGUUGUGGGACCACACAUUUUAGAGGACAGUUGUCUGUCUUCUGAUGCCAAGGAAAUAAAUGGAGAGCACGAGCUUGGUAAGAAAGUUCGAGCCAGAGAGAAGCGCAGAAGACGACGAGAGAAGAAUCAUGAAAAAUACGGAGACAAGCACAGAUGGGCUUUUACAUGUGCUUUUUGUAAAUUCCACACAUUUGAAGACAAAGACAUUGAGAAACACUUUGGAAGCACAUAUCACAGAGAGACUCUUGACUAUAUAAGACGGCAAGCCAAAUUUGAUGACAAAGUCAUCAGCUUUUUGCAUGACUGCAUGGUUAACAAGUUUCAUAAAACUGUCUCCAAUCUACACAAACUAAAGUUUUCUUUUGGACGCAGCAAAGAUGAGUGGGCAAAAAUAAUGGAAGGGGUGACUGAAGAUGAUUACAUGAGAAGAAUGGAGGUGGUUUACUGUGUUGCGUGUGAUGUUCACAUUCCGGCUUUCAGUUCUGUACAGCAACAUCUUCAUUCACUCACCCACCUCAAAAGCAAAGUGGCCUACAAGGAGCAGUUAAAAAGAGAAAGUGUGGCCACAGCCAAAGCCAUAAUAAAUAACGAUGAUGUGAAGGAGCGCUAUGAGAAGUACAUGAAGGGAGAAGACCCGUUCGCAACUGACACAAGUUUGGAUUCUCAUGAUGCCAAUAGAUCUGAUGAGGCGGAGGAAGACGAAGAAGAAAAUAGUGACUCAUAAUAAUAAUAAUGGACACUAGGAGUAUUGGUUGGAGAAGAAUAAAGAAAAGAGAGAAAGACUCUUUCUAAAGUAAUUUCUUGUUUUGCAACUUCAAAUGCUCAGGCAUCUGUAGAUUUCAGAUGAUCUCGCAAGGUAACAGGCCUGAGAUAAAUUUUUCAUAAUUUAGAGUUGAUAAUUCAGUCCACAUUGAUUCACACUUAUAAGUGCAGGUCAGUUUUCCUCUGCUAAAGUGUUGGCAUUUUCCUUUUUUAUAUAUUAAAUUGUACUUUUCACAGUGUAGUUGGAGAUGAAUUCUGUCUGCCCGAGUGUCUGAGUGUGGGCUUGAAGUAAGUUAUUUUGCCACUGUUCUGAAUGCCAUUAAACUUUAUAGUAUGA